CCGAGUCUUGUCACCAAACUUCACUGAACAUAAUGGUGAUGCCAGGGCUGCUGGCUGUGGGGAGUCUGGGGAUGUUCCUUAUCCUCCGCUUCUUGCUGUCCUGGAUGGUCAAGUUCAUCUCGGCCACGGCAUAACUCUGGCAGAGGCCACGAUGACCCACGCUCUCACCCAUGCGUCCAGUCCUGGACGGUUUGUGAGAAUGGUCAGUCGAGGCCUCUGGGAGCCUGCAGCGCUGUUUGACCGGAGCGUCACCGGACAAGCCUGCAGGCGCCUUCUCAAAAAUGGGGCAGUGGAGAAGACACCCCUCACCCCAGAAAAGAUUGAUGCCGUCAUUGCUGCGUUUGGCUGCUAUGCAGAAAAGCAGGCCAAAAUCAAGAAAGACAAGGAGGACGGCAAGGAAGACAAGGAGGACGGCAGCAACAAGCCAGGUCCCAAGAAAGGCAACAAGCCGUCCGUCCGGGACGUGGUGAAAAAGCUCUCAGGUGACUAUUUGGUCUAUAAGAACGGGGAAGUGGAGAGGGCGAAGAAGAACACAAAGAACGCCCACGAAUCUCCGUUAGCAGUUCCCCCACCCUAAACGCCAGUCGCUUCCGCUUUUCGCCCUGUUUCUUUUUUUUUUUUUGUCUGCGAUAUUUUUUUUUAAUUUUUUAUUGUGUUUUGGCAUUAGACUUAUAAGGACCUUGUGCAAUAUGUAUUUUUAUUUACAAAGCUAUUUUUUAUAUGAUUUAUUAAUUAUUUUGCAGUCUUGAAUGUGUUAACGGUACUGACGGGAUAAGUUGUUUCGUUUGUUUUAAAUCGAAAACAUGCUUUUACGACAAAAACUUGGGCAGCUUCGCAAUGCCUCCGCCAGGUGCCGUCAGCCGUGGUGCUGUAUUUUGGGUUUUUAUCAAAGCUAGACACUGAUCUCUGGGGCUAAAUAUAUUUAAAAAAAUAGUUUAUCAUGUUUUUACUGCAAUCGCAAUAAAAACCUCGGCUUAGUUUUGCGUAAAAACCUCAGUAUUUUGUACGGUCAUGUGUCCAGUGGUCAAACAACAUGGCGGCAGCCAAGCGGGGGUCAGUUUUGCUUGGUGAACGGAAUACCAGUUUAUCGCUUUAAACCCCUGUGUAUACCUAGUUGGCUUUCUUGUAUAUAUUUGUGGUUUUGCCUUAUUUUCUUGAUUUUUUUUGUAGAGGAUUUUGUGUGUGCGGGGUGCGCGGGUCCCUUUGAAAACUAGCACCUCCUCGGCAAAUCCGCCUUUUCCCAGGUAUUGUGCAAUAAAGAAUUUUCGCAGUGCAUUUUAAAAAGAUUAUAUAUUACAAAUCUACUAGAUGAGUAUUUCAAUAUAUAUUUACAGGUUCUUAGAAGUUCUUAAAAAACCUUGAAUUUUUUUCUUUAAAGCCUCUACGAACCCUGGUGUGAAAUGUUUGAGU